AAGGGCUCAAGGCCCCUCCGCCUCCAUUGCAGUACCUGCCAUGGCUUGGGCCGCUUGGCUGCUGUUGGCGUCUGCCAACCUGGCUGCAGGAAUCCACCAGGCCUCCCCCUGGGAGCUCCGAUUGGCGGCGCUGACGGAUCUCGUGCACCUGGGGCACAGGCCGGCCUUUCUGCAGGGUAGCUUUGUGAAGAACCUGGAUUACAAGCUCAAGCUGAGAAUAUGCAGCGCAUAUCCCGCUGACGCUCCAGUCCAAGUUGAUCUCAACGAGGUCACGAUCCGCAAGGCCUUAGAGUACAAGUCUUGCUUCGAGUACACCGGCGAUAUGCGAUCCGGCGACAACGUGAACUUCAAGGUCGCAGGCUUGGGCUCCGGGUCCUUCACCAUCGACGACCUCCCCAAGGAGGACGCGGUGCUGGUGCUGGUGGUGCGCCGCCACGACAAGGCCAGCAUGGCGGUGUCGUUCACGUCCCACGUCUUCGCGCGGCUCUCGGGGCCGCAGGUGGCGCUGCUGGAUACCUUCCAGGGCUCCUCAGACUCGGUGGUGGAGAUCCAACAGAAGGAGGAAGACAAAACAGAGACCUUGAGGUACAACUCAGUCAUGGCCCUGGAUGAAGGCAGCUACAAGGUCACCCUUCAUGACCGCGACAGCAAGCAGGAGUACCCGCUCGAAGCUGAGUCUGAUGAAGCCUAUGUCAUCAUCCGCUGUGGUGUGGACUCGGAGGUGCUGCGGAGCUACAAGGAGGAGCUGAUCCUGUAUCCCGCGAGCGCCGACGACAAAGAUGCCAAGGCUGCCGCAUAUCCAAUGGCGAUUUCGUGGGCGCUCUUGCUGGCGCUGGUCUACGGCGCCGGAUGACGAAGAUCGUCUGCA